GUUAUCUUGAACUACAACCAGCAGAGGAAGACACCUCCGACGGCAGGGAAUAUUUUGCACGAACUUAUCAAGAAUCUCGGCUAACCCAAUACUCGUCCAUCAUGCUAUUGGGUCGGUUCAUUGAGAAUCUGGAAUAAGUAGCUGCACAGGAUCAUCUACCACCGAGCAGAUCAGAUUUCCAGCAACAUGUCUAGCGCACCAGUGGUUAUUGUUACGGGAGCCAGUGCGGGAAUUGGUGCUGCCAUCGUAGAUAAGUUGUUGUUGGAGAAGGCGAAGGUGGUUCUCAUUGAUAUCACCGAAGAACCUCUGGAAAGGCGACAGAAGGAGUACGGCCAUGAAAGAGUUCAGUACGUUGUUGGUGAUGUCUCGACCAACCGAACCAACCACCUUGCCGUAAAGGCAGCUUUGGAUGCCUGGGGCAAGGUCGAUGCUUUGGCAUUGAAUGCUGGUGUCAUGUCGCCCGUCAAGAGACUCUGCAAUGUCGACUCAACGGAAUGGACUAGGAUAUUCAACAUCAACGUCGUUUCUCAGGUUUCUAUGCUCGCUGAGGUUAUUCCUCACCUGCGGAAGACAAAGGGUAGAGUCGUCUUCACCUCGUCUGAUGCUGGAGAGAAGCCGAGUUUUGCAGCCUGGGGAGCUUACGGUGCCACUAAAGCUGCGGUGAACUACCUCAUCAGGGUUCUGGCUUUAGAAGAGCCCGAGAUCACGGCCGUGGGACUCUAUCCUGGUGUCGUGAACACGCCACUGGUGCAAGGUAUAUUCAGAGGAGAUUACAAUUCAGGCAUGAGCAAGCAAGAGCUACAGACCUACAAGGAUAUGGUACAUCCCAGACUCGUCGAGGCUCAACAGCCAGGAAAUGUUGUUGCUAACCUGGCAUUGUCGGCACCUCGUAAUCUCAGUGGUUCGAUCCUCUUCUGGGACGACGAGGUCUUCAAGCAGUAUCGAUAG